AGCAAAGCUACUAAGCUAAGCCUCUAGAUCGAUCGAGAUGGCCCUGACGCUUGCGCUGGAGAGCAGCAGCAGCAGCAGAGGAGAAGGCGGAGGCGACGGCCAUGGUAGCUGCAGGCCGCGCGAGAGCAUGUUCGAGAAGGUUGUGACGCCGAGCGACGUGGGGAAGCUGAACCGGCUGGUGGUGCCCAAGCACUUGGCCGAGAAGCACCUGCCGCUGCCGGGCGCCGCCGCGCGGGCCGGCGGCACCGUGCUGUGCUUCCACGACGCCCGGGGCGGCGAGGCGGCGUGGCGGUUCCGCUACUCGUACUGGAGCAGCAGCCAGAGCUACGUGAUGACCAAAGGGUGGAGCCGCUACGUCCGCGACAAGCGCCUCGCCGCCGGGGACACCGUCUCCUUCUACCGCGACGGAGCAAGGCUCUUCAUCGACUGCCGCCGCAUAAGGAGGGCAGGGGUCGUCCCAGCUGUGCCGCCACGACAGCCGCAGCAGGCCUUCUUCUUCCACAACCAGCAGCAGGCGGCCGUGCAGCCGCAGCAGCACUUGGUGGUGGCGCCGCGCGUCGUCGUCGUUGAUGACGAGGUAGAAGAGGCGCGGCGGCGGCGUUGCCUGCGGCUGUUCGGAGUCAACCUGGAGCUGGAGCUCCGUGCCGAGCCGCUGCUCCUUGAUUUGCAGCUCUGACGGCCGGUGGGUUGCAUUGCUAGCGUCAUCGUCCACCAAGGAGGCCAAUCGUCGUAUACCCAACUCGAUCCAACUACUAAUCAGAUUAGUUUUGCAUGAUCACUGUCUCGAGAGAAUUGUAACCCAAACCAGUUACUCCAUCCAGCAGCGGUGUUAAACCAAUGCAAUUGUUAAACAUUUCAAACCAGUUACUCUCUACCUGUGCCGGUAGAGAGUAGACAACCAAAACGACGUUGACCACCAUGCAGUUGACUACGCUCGCUCGCGUCGCAUCCAUUUAGCUCCUGAC